AGAAGUCCCGGGGGAAGCCCCGGGGCACGCUGGGGGCUGUGGUUCUAGUCCUCCGCAGCCGCCCCAAAGGAUGGGGACCCAGGCUCGGAAUGGGGAGGUAGGACUGAAAUUGUCGAAUCCACAUCGUAGGGUUUGGGAGGGGGAAAGGGGGGCUGGUCCAGGGCCACGAUUGGCUGCUGAGACGAGAUGUGGGCGGAGCCUGGCGCGGCGGGGCGAGGCGCGGAGCUGUUCAGAGCACCUGAGGUGCUGAGUCCGAAAGAGGCUCCCGGAGCGGAGCCGAAGCUGAGGCCGCCGCUGCCGCCGCCGCCGCCGCCGCCACCGCCACCACGGUCACCCGCGGAGGGAUGGGACCCGAAGCAAGCUGAGCUACUCCGCAGCCUAUGAACUGACCGUCCUGUGGUAUCGGAGAAAGGGGCGCCCGCCCACCCGCCAGAUAAGGAAUUAGCAGUGAUUCUUGUUGUGAAGAAGGAAAGCCUUACUACGACAUUGGAGCAGACAAGGAGUUCUUCUUCAGGAUUCACGUGGUUCAGCACUGGGAAGACCCUCACUCUUUUCCAGGAAGAUUGCUAUAUGACAAUUUUCGCUUUCCUCCAGGCCAUCUCCGCAGCACAGUAUGGCCCCCUGCAAUGAACAAUGACUGACCUUGGAGGAUUGCGGAGGCCCAAAGAACGGAGCGGUAGACCCCUUUUCUGUGGUCCGGUUGCCCAUCUUCUCUUUUGGAGGUGACGACUUUCAUUAGCAAAUCCGGCACCGACGACCCUUUCCCCCCACCCCACCCCACCCUCAACACACCAGCUUGGACCGCUCAUCGUCUCGGACAUCAUGUAGUAGGGCUUCAACAGGGCGUGACAACUGAGUUGCAAUGGUUUUACACACUUCCCCAUUUCCCUGCUGCUGUCUGUCCAUUCUGCAUCGCUUCUCCUGGGCUCUGAUCUGCCCAUUUUAUUGGCUUAUGGACAGACUCAUAGCCUCCUGGUUACCAAUUACCAAUGAAAAGGGCCAAAAGUGGUCUCUGUGCUGGUUCAUCCGCAUCAUCUUCACCACCCCCAUUUACUUGGCCCUCUGUACUCUGUCAAUACCCAGUGCCAUAUUUGGAUUCCUUUUGUGGAACCCUCUCCAGUUAUGUAGGCAACCAUACAUCUACUCGAGGCUGGAAGACAAGAAUCAGGCCAGUGGUGCCAUACUCCUUAAUGAAUGGAAGGCCACAGGCCCUGGGAAAAGUUUCUGUUUUGGCACUGCCAAUGUCUGUCUCCUCCCUGAAUGCAUGGCGAGAGUGAACAAUCUUUCCAACACACAAACCCGGGCCAAAGAAAUUGGGCAGAGAAUCCGAAAUGGGGCCAGUAGACCCCAGAUCAAAAUAUACAUAGACUCUCCAACAAACACCUCUAUCAGCGCUGCAAGCUUCAGCAGUCUGGCUUCCCCCCAGGGCAGCGAUGGUCCCAACAAAACCGUCAACGUGGGCAUCAAGAGAACGACAUCCAUGGAGUACAAGGGCGACAACGGGAGUCCGAACAACAGCGAAGAGAACAAGAACCCCAAAACGGGGGGCGACUUUCACGAAGGCGAAGACAAUGCCUGUAUCAUCCGGAUCGGCGGAGAGGAUGGAGGCCAGCUCUCUGACCCAGAAGCUGAUGGAGGCGGCGACUGCCACAUGGAGACGCUGCUGGAGAAUAAAGCAGAGGGCCAGAAGGGCCAGACGCCCAACCAUAAGCCGAAGGAAGGGGACGCUGGAAGCUUAGACAGCUACACUGCUUCGAGGGAGUCACUGGUGAAAGUCCGGAUUGGGGAGAACACAGUGGACCAAAGUUCUGUUAACAACAAAUUGCUCCAAAAGACUUCCAUGCUCAAGAAGACCUCUCUGAGAAAAAAGAAGCAUACGGAUGAGAUCUUUGACCAUGAGAUCUCUGCCUUCUUCCCUGCCAACUUGGACUUCUUAUGCUUGCAGGAAGUGUUUGACAAAAGAGCAGCAGGGAAAUUGAAAGACCAGCUCCAUCAAUAUUUUGAAUACAUUCUGUAUGAUGUCGGGAUCUACGGUUGCUGCUGCUCCUGUCCCUGUAAGAUCCUGAACAGUGGCCUCCUCUUUGCCAGCCGCUACCCAAUUAUGGAUGCUGUCUAUCACUGUUAUCCCAACGGAGAAGGGACCGAUGCCUUUUCUUCAAAGGGAGCCUUGUUCGUUAAGGUACAAGUGGGAAGUACACCUCAGGACCAAAGAAUCGUGGGAUAUAUUUCCUGCACCCACUUGCAAGCUGAAGGAGGCUGCUCUUGUUGCUCUCAACCAGAUGACAGCACCAUUCGAUGUGAACAACUGAGUCAGCUUCAGGAUUGGCUAGCUGAUUUCCGAAAAUCUACCUCCUCCUCCAGCACAGCCAAUCCCGAGGAGCUAGUGGCAUUUGAUGUGGUCUGUGGAGAUUUCAACUUUGACAACAGCUCUCCAGAUGAUAAGCUGGCACAACAGCAUUCCCUGUUUACACACUACAAGGACCCCUGCCGAGUUGGUCCAGGGGAGGAUAAGCCGUGGGCAAUCGGUACUUUUUUAAAUCAAAAGCGCCUCUAUGAUGAGGAGGUGUGUACCCCUGAUAAUCUGCAAAAGGUCCUGGAAAGUGAAGAAGGAAGGAAAGAAUACAUUAGCCAACCCACCAGCAAGAACCAUCCUUCCAACCAGAAGGUCUUGAUGAAGGGAAAUGGCAGCAGGAUUGAUUACAUGCUCUAUACUGAGGAGGGGCUCUACUUGGACUGGAAAGUGGAGGUGGAGGAAUUCAGUUUUAUUACCCAGUUAGCAGGUUUGACUGACCACCUGCCUGUGGCCAUGCGCCUGAUGGUCAACACUGGAGAGGAAGAGGUGUAGACGCGCCAGCCGCAUGGUCAGUCAGGAGCCAGGCCGGCCUAAGAAGCCCUGGCCUAUGAUCUUGUGAGACAAAGGACUUUUUCCCGGUGCCACGUGAGCCAGAUGAAAACUCCUGGCCUCCAGUCGCCUCUCCCAGCACCUCCACAGGCUUGACCGGGUCCCUCCCCCAUGGCUCCCUGGAGCUGGGGAAAAGGGCCACGAGGGCAGGAGGUGAGACUAAAAGGGAUCCACGAGGGCUGAGAGCCCUGUCUGGAGUCACCAGGCAGCAGGGUCAGCCUCAAUUUUCUACAUGUUCACUGUGGACCAAGGAAUGCCAGCGGCCAGGCGGGUGGGGAGGGGAGGGGAGGGGAGAGCCGAGCCCUAAUUCCUUUAAAUCAGUGCCAUUCUUACAAAACAUGGUUUUCUAUGAAUUAUACAGCACAACUUAGUUUGUAAUCUGUGGGGUAGUGCUAUUCAUGGGUUUUGCAUCAUUUCUUUGUAUAGCUCUUACAAAGCUGAAGGCUUGGUUUUGGAUUUUUUUUGUUAGCCUGCCAAUGUCGUCAUAGCAUGCCUGUGCCCUAGCAUGCGCUCUGACUGCAUGCCACACACUCAAGAUGAAACAGCCAUUAUGAUAGCCAUAGGGGAAAAACAGAAAAAAGAAAAAAAAGAAUUCGAAAUGCAAUCAGGAAAUAGUCCACGAGGCCCGUUCCAGAGUGCUGGGCAGCCAUUUUUCCUUACCAGCACCACGGGCUUUUCCAAACCAACAAUAAUGCUGUCUCGGCGACAGGGAAAAUGCCGCGUUCCUUUCCAAAGGCCUACAUUUGAGGGGGGUCGAGCUUUAAGAAGAAAACAGUGUGGAGGUUCCCAGGCAGGGAAGGCCCAGGGGGAGCAGGUGGCUCACCCCAAGGGUCAGUCCCCGUCUGGCUCUAGGCUGAAGACUCCCAGGGCUCCUAAUAGAGGCUGGUCAGGGGUGAAAUUCAGAAAAGGGAUGCUUCUGGGAAAGGGAAAACUCGGAAGAGAGACCCUGUGGUUUUAUUGGAGGGAAGGGAAAGAGCACCAUAGAGAUGACUGGGAAGGAGCCAUCUGCAUUUUAAAAAUACUAGUUUGUAGUGUAGUUCUUUCCUCUUUCUAAACCCACAGUCCCGUUCCUAUUGCAUGACCUUUGUUAGCUCCAAACCUGAGUGAUUUUGACCAGAUGACAAGGUUAGGACUUCAGGUUUCUUCUCCAUUGUGUGGCAUCAUUUUGUGAAUUGGGGAAGAAGAAAAAAAAACAAAUCCCUUUGUGCCUCAGUUUGCCCACUGGUCCAGUGGCCUACUGGUCCCUACCUCGCUGGCCCAGCUGAGCCCCAAGGGAGUUGGCAGACAGAUGACUGGCUGUCGAUGAGCGAUAGGUGUCUCCAGGACAAAGGCUGCCUUGGCCUGUCUCUUUCUAUCUCCUCAUCCAAUAGCCAACCCAGACCCCUGGGAUCUCCUUCCCAGUCGCUCAGCACAACUAUCUUUUCUUUUUGGCCCAUGGCCGAGGGGCCCCGGACAGCAAGCCAUAGCAAAGGGUGGAGGGGAAUGACGGAGGAUUCUUUGAGAGCUGGGCCUCCCCGUUCCCACCGGGCUCUUCCAAGGAGGGACUCCUAAUCAAUCAGCCAGACAUGGAAGCGGAAGAGGGGGAUGUCAAGAGAGAAAAUGGCCAAGCCGACCUCCUCCAUUUGUGAGCUGAAUCAUGACUCCUCCUGCCACAGGACCUCUGCACAGACCACACAGACGGAGAGAAAUGGUACCUUGAUGUGUUCUCAGAGGCACAGUCCCUGCGGCAUCCCCCUCCUCCAUCACUUGCUUUCCUUCGACUGGACUUUCUUCUGGCCCCCUCUUUGGCUGGUCCUGGGCUGCUCCGGUCCUAGCCAUCACUGCUGCAGGGGAAAGGUUACACUCAUUCCAGGCUCCCCACGACCACCGCCGGGAUCCGCCGUUUGAUCCCAGAUUUGGAAAUCCAUCUGUGCAGGGGCCCGAAGCCCGGCCAGACCCCCUCACACAACACCUUCCGCCAACUCCGCGUAGGAACAUUGUCUUAAGCACCUUCAGCUUUAAUUCUCUUUGUAGCCUCUUUAACUGGAAGCAAUCAGGCAUUUUCCUCUCCCUCUAACCCACGGGCUUUUUUUAACUCGACGCUAUACUAUUUCUUAGAUUUUGGCCUUGGUUUUUUGGGUGAUCUCCCGUUUUAAACAGAAUGUUAUUACCAAUCGUUCACAUGACCAUACAACACCCUGAGCUCUUACUCACACCUGUCUUAGACCCCAGCCCAGCCCACGGGAAGAACAGGGUGGCGAGCGCCCCAGAACCCCACGGUACACAUUCUCCUGGUCUUAGUACAAUGACCCUGUGCCUUCUGUUGCCUCCCUGGGCGCGAGGCUGAGGGAAGCAGGAUGGAGGGUGGGGAGAAACGACCGUCUCCCCCAUCCCGAUCCAGCCCAUCUCGGCCAGACGCAGCCAGGGGGCGAGACUGGCUAUGGACAGGUGACCCGUGGGGGACCCAUCCAGAGGCCUUAGCCCUUCACAGCCAUGAGACACUGCUACUGUUUGGGGGAAACGUCCCUCCCAAAGCUCUGUGCGCGACUCUGCCAUAGGACUAGACCCAAGGUCAGGCUCCGAUUCCUUGUCAUUCUGACAAUCUCCUUGUCCCCAAGCAGUUCAACAGCAGGUAGGAGGAACAGAAGACCAAGGGCAAAGGCCAGGACCCAGGCCAGCCUCCCCCCUGCCGGUCAGGCCUUGAGAAGGGGACCAGUCGGACCAGGGAGCUGCGCUCUCUGGAGCCACUUCCUCAAGAGAUGCUCUUUUUCUGAAGGGAACCAGUUUUAAGCUGUGAAACAGGACGAGAGGGUACAGACAAUAGUGGACGGUAUCUGGCAAAGCAGCCCCCUUCCUAUUCCUGAUCCCACCUCCCGGGAUCACUGUGGGAGGGAACCCAACCAUAGCAAGCAGGGACCCCUAGCGAUGCUAGGAGAGCUCGACCAAGUCCACGGAUGCAGAUCCUGCCAUCCUAACCAGGGUAUCUCCUCCAGAAAUCAUGGUGGCAGCAGCAUCUGUGCGUUUUCAAGGCUCCCGCUUUGAGGAAGGCGAAACUCCAGGCCCUCCCGACCAGUCCAUUCACUUACUGAUUCUCAACUCAAGACGGAUCUCUCUUUGGAAUCAUUCUCCCUUUAGAAAGAAAGGCUUUUCACAGCGCUAGAGAAUCCCGAUCUCUUGUAGGAGAAGCCUUUAGACUCUGGGAAUUUUUUAUAUUCACUUAUUCUGGUUUGUGAAUGCAUGAAUCAUGAUUGUAUGAUUGAACACACGCACUAGGGCUCACGGGGUUCUGGGGUUCUCAUUGUUCUGGCUGUUCUACCCACAAACACAGCCGACAUCCAGAGCCGUGCAUGUACAGGCAAUCCUACACGCGCACACACGCACACACACGGCCUUGCCGAUCACCCCGAGCCCAGGGCCAGGGAUGAACAUCAGCUUUCCCUGGUUGGAUCCAGCAGGGGAGUCAGGGAAGAUUGAAGGCCAGUAUCGGGAAGCCAGGAAGGAAUGGAUGCCUCUCUCAAAGGCUGGAGCUCCAAUGAGAUGGGUAGCAUCGUUCCGCCAAGCAGGGCCAUCUGCUGGGAGCUGGAUCCACUCCUAUGGAAGCAGCUGCGUUCCAUCUGGAGCAACAUGAUCGCCGGGUCACUCACUCCCCUCCUUACUUACUAUAUAUGGCCUUAGGCAAGUCUUUCAAUCUCCCUGUGCCUCCAUGUUGUCCUCUGUAAAAAUGGGGACAGUGUCUGGCAAACCUCUGGCAGCCUUUGGCUGGAUGGAGCAAUGUGUUCCCUCUUCCCCUGGCGACCCCUCGACAGGCAGGAAAUUUGCAUCUUCCCUUUGCCCUUGAGCACCUGGGCCUGCUUUUAUCCUUUUGAUAGAGACGUAAGGGAGUGCUCAGAGAUCACAACUUCCCAUCCUGAAAGCCUUGGCAACAAGCCCAGAGCAUCUGCUUGUUCAUACUGGUUUUGUGAAGCCUGUAGAUUAUUCUAAGGGGACUUGUCCAUAAAAGAAAUUUUUACAAUUUUCAUUUUUUUUUAAUUCCCUGUGACUCAGAUUCAGUCAAAUCAAGUGAUGUCCAAGCUGGGAGUAGCUCAUGGUCUCAAGCUUGGAAAUGAUUAGCUGCUUCUGCUCCAGAGCUGGGGAAGGGGUGCAUGCCUCUGGCCAGCCCCAAGAUAAGCCAUGCAUUGGGACCCAGUUCAGUCAGACGGCUUACGAAGGAAGUGUUUUCAUGUGUCCAAAACCAUCUUGAGUUUUAAGUAUGAAUAUUAAUCUUGAUGCUUUUUAAAUAUUGUAUUACUGCUAAGGUUUAGAAAAUACUGUUUUAAAAAAAACUUUUUUAAUUUCAAUAAUUUUUCUGUAUUCUAUCCUUCUGGGACCUGAAGGGGUUUUAUACGGUAAGCACACCUAACGUUUUGGUAAAACUGUAUCUGAUAUAUAUCCAUCUGUUUCUUCCCUGUAAGAAAACAAGUCUUACACCUAAUAAAAUAUUUUGAAGGGUUUUUUUUUUUCCUUUAUUGGUGCUGAAAGGAAUGAAUAGUUGAUGUGAAGGAGAAAAUAAAACAUUAAAACGCAAAA